AUUUUUGUUCAUGCUAACGACUCUCAGUCUCUCACAUGCAGGAUGCAUAUGACCUGGCUAGCCAUAUAUUGAACUCAGAUUGCCUCUUGCGCCGAACCGUAACGGAGUGUGGCACUUGGACCUGUAUCAUUGAAUUCUUAUCACGCAAUCUCCGCUUUCAUAACUCCAACCGGCUUUCAGCCAUAUUUGUGACCAUGGCGAACAACGGCAAACUCACCUUCGCAUUAUCACUCAGCGAGGCUAAGAAACAAGAAGUUUGGACGUUCCUUACUACCACCGUCAGCCAGGGAGAGGAAAUACGAUGGGCACUCCAGAAUACCAUCAAGGAACAUCACGUUGUGCUCAUCGAAUACUGGCACAAGUCCAAGGAUCCGCAGGAACAUCUCACUGCGUCUAUCAUGCACGAUAUCUACGCCGAGGACAUCGUUCACGUUUAUCGCGAUGGGAAGGUGAAAGUGAUCGACGAAGGUCGAGGCAUCUACUAUACUACCGAAGAGGGAGACGAAGUAGGUCCUGGUGGAAAGACGAAGAAGAAGAAGGUGUGGAGAUUCAAGGAUGGAGGGAGGCCCGUCAAUGAGGACACGUUUACUUUGGAAGUCUUCAAGGAUAUCUUCGGUUAAGUGACAGUUCGUGUAUCUCUUGCCUCGACUCGGAAGAGUUAGCGAACCUGUAGGAAUGUCAACUUGUACGAACGGAGCUUGGAACACGUAUCUCGGCACAUUGACAGCCCAUCGAAAUACAUGCAUUCAUUGUAU